CACUCACGUUGGUACAAGACGAUACCAAUGAGACGACGAAGAUAUGCUCCAAGCGUACACUUGUGUGCUAUUCUUGCACCCUGGCGGGGAUGAGACGAGGCUUGUCCUCCUUGGCCAAUGGCAUCUGCCAUCGACCUCUGGCCGACUAUGUUUCUCGACCUCAGAUCAGCACUGAAUGUGCAGCCACCCUCUUUGUCACGCAAUGCUCAUGCGCCAAAGGACAUAGCCAGAUCCGUGCAGUUGUACUGCCUAUGCCUACGCGCUCGCCUACUCGCUGAGGCCUCCCGGCACUGCGCGUUUGGUCACCGACUACAGCUCGCUACUGCCGCUAGUUUCAAGAUCCACCUGGUAUACGCUCGCUCGUGAGCUCGAGCGAUGCAGUAUGAGUACCCUCCUCCUCCAGGCCCGCCCGGCGGCACUCCAGGUAGCGCUGGACCUUUUCCCAGCCCGCCCGCGUCUUCUGGAGUCGUACCAGGUCGUACACACGGCCAGAGGAGUCCCUAUGUGCCAUCAAUAACCACGCAGUUCUUGGGAUCCCAGGGUGGAACUGCGUCUCAGGCCUCGACGCCUGCUUCUGCGAACCACUUAUCGCCGCACUUUGCUUAUAAUACUCCGAGGACACCCAGUGGCCUCAAUAAUCAAAUCCAUGGUGGCCUGACUCCUUCAACACCAGGCGCGCCGCCUCGUAGUCCGAGCAUGGAGCCUUACAACCCACAGCAAUGGAGGAAUCGAGGGCAGGUGUCAGGCUCGCAGAUGGUCUUUCAGCAGCGCCAUGGCGCGAUGCCCAUGAGCACCACGAACAUUACCGGAAUGGAAGCUGCUAUGCCAUCGCCGCCACCACCGUAUUCCCCGUCACCAACCUCUACGCCGGAUCAUGGCUCGCGUGCUAUGAUCACUUCACAAGUCGUAGAACCCAACGCCUUUACUGGUUCGCCAAUGACAGAUCGCGCCCUUUCAAAUUCGCCUCAAGUAGCUGCUCAAGCCAGCUUUCCCCCUCCACCAUCGCAGCAAUCAUCGAGGCAUCGCGAGCGAUCAGCUUCUGGGCUUGGCCAAAGGGCACUCAUGAGCCUGCCUGGGUUUAGAGGAAAGCAACCGGCUGUAGACCCCCACCCAGUACAGCAAAACGCGCCGGUUCACGCAUCGGCCAUUGUCGAUGCAAGACCGCCAGCGGCCAGAAGAGCAGCAAGCACAGGUCACGUCUACAUGGGUGGCUCAGCUAUCGCGUCCUCAUCCACCUCUGUUGGUCGUGCAUCACCGGACAACCACUGGCAACCCGGAAUGGCUCUACCUGGCCCUCCAGCUGGCGCGCCUCCCCCAGGAAUGCGUUCACAAAGCUUGAAUCGUUCAAUUGGGGGUUCCGGGUCUAGCAGUCCAGCACCAGAGCGAGCGUCUGAAGCACCAAGACAAAGACGCGCCAUGGCUGCACCAAGUCUCGGCCCUGUACCACCCACACCAGCCGAUUGGGUCGACCGUGACGAACGCAGCACUGAGCCUGAGCCGCCUAUGCCGCAACAGCACAUGUCGGUAGCACCUGAAGUCCAGCCACUGCGCAUAGAUACUGGAACACAGCGAGAAAACUCGUUGUCUCGCAGGCCAGCUCAGCGCGAUACUAGUACUCAGGGCAUCAGGGAGCGCAGGUCUCAGAGUCGUGCAGCCCUGGGAGCUGGUGAUGAGAAUUCCAGGCCUGCGAAUCUCAUUUUCGCCACGGAAGAGGGUUCUAUCAGCAGACGUCGCGGACAUAUGCGAACAGCGUCAGGUCAUGGUGAUUCACCUUCAGCCCAAGGGCAGUCCACACGUACGCCACAUUCUGCGUCCAAGCUUGCCAGUACUGUCCUCACCCCUCCGUAUACACCUGCUGUUGGCAAGCAGCCAGCUGCGUCUUCGAAACACGUAAGACCGUUAGGUAGUGCAGCGAGCGAUCGGCCUAUCUCUCAUCUGUUGCAUACACCAAACGAGGAAGGCAUGCCUGCACCUCUGAGCCCUGCAAGACCUCCUUCCGCAGGAUCGACGAAGGCCCCAAUGAAGCUGGACGCAUUUGGGUUGCAAGCCAUCGACCGACAUCGCGCGUUUGUGGAGAAGGAAGCGGCAGCGACCUCUGAUGAAGAGCGUCUCGAGCUCUUUGCUUCGUUCAUCGUCCACGAAUCACGAGUAAGACGGGACCGCUACAGCGCAGCAUACAACGCGAUGGCCGGCGACAUUCUUGAUCUGACGAGAGACAUGUGGCGUUCUUACAACUCCAAAGGCGGGCGCAGAGCUGUAACCCCAAGCACUUCGAUGUCCUCGAUCGAUCCUAGCCUUCCUGCUUGGGCAUCGGAUAGCGUACCGAAUUCGGCUCAUGGCAUGCCUAGUUCGGCGUCAUCUAUGGGAGACUUUACUCCCGCGACUGAUGUAGGCUCAGUAGGAGACUUUGGCGAAGGAUUCGAGCGCACCGAAGCACGACAAUGGGCAGAUUCCUUCAAGCCAUCUCUGUCACCAAUACCUAGCAUGGCCGUCAGCACUGCGCCUGAUGAGAAUGAUUCGCGAGGCCGUACCGCUAGCAGGUGGUGGGAAGGCACACAAUCUGGUGCUGGCUCGAUAGGUCGACCUGACCGGAUGGAGAAAACGCGUCGAGAGACAAAGUACAUGGGCGUUGACCCAGCAACUCUUCAAGCCAGUGGUGAAGCCACCCCGGAAGCAUCGGUUGCCGAGUCCAGCAGACCUGCGUAUGGUUAUGGGCCAAACGAAUAUCCACCUGAGAAAGUGGGUUGGCACGAGGCAGAGCUCGAGACGCCAAUCCAGACGCCUCACCGCACGCAAGAGCGCAGGAUCUCCACGCCUGGCAUGCUCGUACUGGACGUUUCUCGACUUGUGACGCUACCGCCUCCAUUCCCUCGUCAUCAUCCAGCUGUCAACAACAAUCACCCGCUUCUUCAGGACUUGCGCACGGAGCACCGCGUUCUGUCAGACCACAGCGAGAUACAAAAGAUCAAGGACAGUUAUCUCGAUCAAGACUUUGCGCUUACUCGCGAGCAGCAGGAAUCAGCAAAGAAGCGACGUGGUAGCCUUCGAGCAGGAAUUCAGUCCAAAAUUGCCGAAGGGACUAUGUCGUUCGCAGAUGCGGCAAAACGUGAGGCUGAUUUCGAUGUAGAAGAAGCUGAGCGUGGCAAGGCCACAGCGCGUUCGAACUUCGAGGUCUUCGAGAACAGCGUGUCGCAUCCGCUAAACACAUUGCUUACUGACCGACUUCAAAGAGCCAACGACAGCAUUCGCCAGCUGCGAGCAGACCUUGAAAGCGGACAUCAUUCUGCGGAUCCCAAUCGUGCACUCGAAGAAGGAGAUCAGCAUCCCGAGCGCCUGGAGAAGCUCACGCUGCUGAAGUGGAUGUUUGAGGCGAGAGAGCUGCUGCACAAAGAGAUGUUCGAUUUGCAUGCAAUGCGAAGCGACAAAUAUUCCGAGGUGAUCCUCACGCCUUACCGGAUUUCGAAAGCCCAGCCAAAAAUUGAUGAAGCGACGUCGUUUUUCAAGAAGGACAGCGUGGAACGACAGACGGCCUUCGCCAAGGAGUCCUUGAAACGAUUCGAAGAACUGCAAUCGAUCCUCGAGAGCAAUGUCUCUAGAGGCGUUGAGGACCAACUCUCGUCGUUUUGGGACAUUGCACCUGGCUUGCUCGAGGUCAUCCAGCACAUUCCGAUGCAAAUGUCAUCAUUUGAAGUACAGAUUCCACCCCAGGAAUAUGAAGAGAACCCAUCAUACCAUCAGCACCCAUUGCAGUACCUGUUGAGUCUGCUUUGCCACGCGGAGAAGAGCGCGUAUCAAUUCAUCGAGAGUCAAACGAAUCUGCUGUGUCUUCUUCACGAGGUACGCACUGGUACAACUAAAUCGAGGUUACGCCUACUGGAGAUUGAACGCGGCGCAGAAGGAUCAAGCGACAGUGAUGUACGAGCAGAGUUGCUCCAAGCUAGACGGGAAGCAGAAGACUAUCUCACACGAGACUUGAAGGACAAGGUCGGCGAGGUCGAGAGACAGUGGCAAGAAGCCAUCGGAGACGUGCUCAAGGAAGUGAAGGAGAGGGUGACGAUGUAUCUGGAGGACACCGGUGGACUGGACGAUGAACUCCACGAGUGAUGCUGAGAGUUUCUUGUGAGACGCGUUCAAGCGAUUAUUCAUCAUUUGCCGCCAUGUACGAGAGAGUUUCAGGCGUGGCUGUCUGAGCACUUUGCGCGGUUACAAGGGGAUUUCAUUCUAUAGUGUGCAUAUUAACAACGGAAUAUCUCAUCCGCAACAACAUUGUCCUACUCCUGGUACCAAGUGGGAGGGCAUAGACCCAACCAAGCUUGACAAAUGAGGAAGAGCCGCCAUGUGACCAGAGAGCAAAUCAAAACACUUUCUUGCCCUUGCUGCCGUCUUCGACGCCUUUGGCAAUUUUUGCCGCACCAUCUUCAACACCGUUUGUGAUGCCUUGCAAACCAUCGCCAACGGCUUUGGUCCCUGUGGUGUUAUUGAUUGUGUCGCCAACGCCCCGCCCGAGAGCACCGACCACGCCGCCGACUGUGCAUCGGAAUCAGUUGGAGGCCGCUGCGGAG